GACGGAGUAGACCGAUUUGACCGUUUCCCACCUCUUUACCAUUCCCCGCCCUCUCCGGAAAAUAUUCAUUUUUCUGUCCCUUUUCUCGAGCAACAGCUGUUUGUCUCACUAGAAAGCAACAGAAGUUAACGCCGCCCGCGCGCCGCGGAGGGGGGUAGUGGCAAAGAAGCGGCAGAGAAGUAUAGUCCCGGCGCUAAGCGAGCGCCGCAGCGGCUGCUGCGGAGUCAGUUGUUGCCAGGCUGUCUGGGCCGAGUUCACAAUGACUAAUGAAGAACCACUUCCAAAAAAGGCCCGUCUCAGUGAAACAGACUUCAAGGUUCUACCUAGAGAGGAAUUGAUCUUAAGAUGGAAGCAGUAUGAAGCAUAUGUGCAAGCUCUUGAGGGCAAAUACACUGAUCUAAACUCCAAUGAUGUAACUGGUUUGAGAGAAUCCGAAGAAAAACUGAAGCAACAACAACAAGAAUCUGCUCGAAGGGAAAAUAUCUUGGUGAUGCGACUAGCAACUAAAGAACAAGAAAUGCAAGAGUGUACUAAUCAGAUACAGUACCUCAAGCAAGUCCAGCAACCAAGUGUUGCUCAACUGAGAUCAACAAUGGUGGACCCAGCCAUCAACUUGUUUUUCCUAAAAAUGAAAGGUGAACUGGAACAGACUAAAGACAAACUGGAACAAGCCCAAAAUGAACUGAGUGCCUGGAAAUUUACACCUGAUAGCCAAACAGGCAAAAAGUUAAUGGCGAAGUGUCGAAUGCUUAUCCAGGAGAAUCAAGAGCUUGGAAGGCAACUGUCCCAAGGACGUAUUGCACAACUUGAGGCAGAGUUGGCUUUACAGAAGAAAUAUAGUGAGGAGCUUAAAAGCAGUCAGGAUGAACUGAAUGAUUUCAUCAUCCAGCUUGAUGAGGAAGUAGAAGGUAUGCAGAGUACCAUUCUAGUACUACAGCAACAAUUGAAAGAGACUCGCCAACAAUUGGUUCAGUAUCAGCAGCAGCAGUUACAAGCUUCAACUCCAGGUACCAGCCGGACUCCAUCUUGUGAAAUUACAGAUCAGGGUGAAACCAUGAGCAAAGAUUGCAGUCGCCUGGCCAAUGGACCAAGUAAUGGCAGCUCUUCACAUCAGAGGACAGCGGGGCCUGGUUUUUAUAGAGAAGGUAGUGGAACAGAGGAUGAUUUUCCACCCUCACCAAGCAAUGGUAAUAAGCUUUCCAACCACUCUGAAGAUAGAACUGGCAGAGGAUCUGGUAGUUAUAUAAAUCAACUCAGUACUGGGUACGAAAGUGUAGACUCUCCCACUGGUAGUGAAAAUUCUCUUACUCACCAUUCAAAUGAUACAGACUCUAAUCAUGAUCCACAAGAGGAGAAAACAGUCAGUGUGAAAGGUAACAGAACUUCGGGGUCUCGUCAUGUUCAGAAUGGUUUGGACUCUAACGUAAAUGUGCAGGGUUCGGUUUUGUAACCUUUUUCUGCAAAAAAAACCCAACAUUUUUUAUAUAGUGUCACUUAAUUGGGAGAAGAAACUGUCCAGAACUGUUCAAAUUAGUGCAUAUAUGUCACAAUUCUGCCUUUGUGGGUUUUCUGCUUCAAUACCUCUGCCACUUCUGAAAUUUUAACAAUUGAUUACGUUGAAUGUUGCUAAAAGGAUGUUUGUGUAAGCUCAAGGUAUAUUUUGAGUUAAUGUGAAGUUGAAAUUGGAAUUUUAUUUCCAGGUAUAACACAAUGAUGUAUGUACAAAUCUGUGUAUAUCUAGAACUUGUGCUGUGUAAGGGCAUUCUUUACUCAUACUGUUUAUAACACUCAAAACUUUGUCAUAAUAGUUGUGGGUUAAUGACUGCCAAGUUUGCCCAGUACAGUAGUUUUCUAACUAAAAUAAACUUGGUGAGGGAGUCCUAUAGUAGUUUGUGUUCCACUUUUGCCACUAUGCAUCUGUGUGUUCUCUUUAGGUGACAAUGUUUAAGAAUUUUGUGUGCAUAGUUACUCAGUUUUAAGAACUGUUGUAUCUCCUGUUAAUGCAUAUUGCUCUGUGACUCCAAUAUUAUCUUACCUGUACUGACCAAACCCAAAUAAAAUUUUUAAUAAUGUAAUUUA